AUGGCGUCCUCUCAUGGAAAUGUAUACUCGGCCGACCAAUUUAUGAACCCUGGACCAGCCCCGCGACCACCUACGGAUCGUCCUCGGCUCACCACUGUACCGCCGAGUCCAAGUGUGGCUACAUCGUUCAGCCAAAUGACCUUGAACUCGCCAAGCACUCCAACUUUGUCUAUAUUCCCUAAUACAAGCAAUUUAUCGCUAGCCCAGUCUAAGGGAUCGCAAGGAAAUCAGGGCGUCGCCGUCAUUAAAGAGGGCUAUGUCCGGUGCAAGGAAGAUAAAUUUCUGGCACAAUGGAACCAACGAUAUCUUAUCCUUCGGGAGUUCCGCCUCGACUUUUUGAAAAACGAGACUGGCAAGUUAAUCAUGUCAAUUAACCUUUCCAACGUUACGGGUGUGACUCGGUCCGAAGAUACAAAAAUGGCAUUUGAAAUCACCCGUUUGGCCAACUCAAAGGACGCAAAUUCAAAGGCCGCAAUAAUCAGUCGCGAUGUGCCUACCAAAACAAUCACCUGCGAAGUCAAAAAUGACGAUGAGAUUUAUGACUGGAUUGAUAAGAUCUACGAACGGUGCCCAGGAAUGGGAGGGGUCAGUAACCCGACCAAUUUCAGCCAUCGUGUCCACGUCGGUUUCGAUCCCAAGACUGGUGCUUUCGUGGGAUUGCCGACAGAAUGGGAGAAGCUAUUGACUGCGUCGGCUAUUACCAAGGAAGAUUAUAAGAAAAACCCCCAAGCUGUCAUUGAAGUGCUGGAGUUUUACUCCGACAUCAAGAUGCGGGAACAGAACCCUCAAUAUUAUAGUAGCCUUGCACCUACUCCGCCAGCAUCCAACUCCUCAUCUUUGCAAUUUGGAAACGGAAACGGCAUUGCACCACCCAGACCAGCUCCUCCCAACUCCCUUCAAAGGGCAGAUACUGGACAGUCACAACGAUUCAUGAACGACCCAAAUGCAGCGGCGAGGAAAAAUUCAGAUCCAGACCGCGGCUUUGAAGUUGAUCGUAUGCGAGAAGUAGCUGAGCAAGAGCAGCGACGCCGCAUGGAGGAAGAAGCGCGGCGUAUUCGUGAAGAACAGGAGAGACGGGAGCAGGAUGCCUAUAAUGCGUCAUUACCUAAAACUCGAGUACCUCUCGCAAAACAGGAACUGGGAGGUUAUGGCCCUUCUGAAUCUGAUUCACCAAACCCUAAUCGGUACAACCCGAGCCGUCCUGCUCCCCCAGCACCAGGCUCUGCUGCUCGUCAACAACCUCCGGCUGUGAGACAGAUGACAGCUCAGCGACCAGCACCAUCACCACCCACCGCAGAUGCUCAAAGGACAGACCCUAAGCUUCAACAAUCCAUGCCUCGCCCUGCCAUCAACGCACAAAAAGCGCCCACUCAGAAUUCGGGCCCGCCACCAUCACGACUUCCUGCUCCAGUUCAGCAAGUUAAACCAUUGAACAUUGCCAACAAGCAAGGACCUCCUAAAGCUGCUGUUCCUGAUGGCGUUCGUCAAGCAGAAGCUGCGCUUUCGAAGAAGGCCGAACCAAGACAGAAGGAAGUGCGUAUGUCGAGUAUGACAGAGAAUGAAGUGAUGGAGAAGCUCAAAUCGGUCGUUUCCAAGGAAAACCCACAGGAAUCCUACAGCAAGCAGCGCAAGAUUGGUCAGGGUGCUUCAGGUUCCGUGUAUGUGGCUCGUGUCAAGGAGAAUGCGACAUCACCAGUGGCACGAGAAAUCUAUCGCACGCAUGGGCCUCGCGGGCAAGUUGCUAUUAAGCAGAUGGAUCUUCGCAGCCAACCUCGUAAGGAAUUGAUCGUCAACGAGAUUAUUGUCAUGAAAGAUAGCCAGCACGCCAACAUUGUCAACUUCCUUGAUUCUUUCUUGCAAGACCAAAACAACGAGCUCUGGGUUGUAAUGGAGUUCAUGGAGGGUGGCGCAUUGACUGACGUGAUUGAUAAUAACCCCGUUAUCCAAGAGGAUCAAAUCUCAACUAUCUGUUUCGAGACUUGCAAGGGAUUGGCUCAUCUACACAGUCAAAAUAUUAUCCAUCGUGAUAUUAAGAGUGACAAUGUUUUGUUGGAUCGUGUCGGCAAUGUCAAGAUUACGGAUUUCGGUUUCUGCGCCAAACUUACAGAAUCAAAGAGCAAGCGAGCCACUAUGGUUGGAACACCAUACUGGAUGGCUCCCGAGGUUGUCAAGCAAAAGGAGUACGGACCAAAGGUCGACUGCUGGUCUCUAGGUAUCAUGGCUAUUGAAAUGAUUGAAUCAGAGCCGCCUUAUCUUAACGAAGAGCCCCUCAAAGCGUUGUACCUCAUUGCAACGAACGGUACACCUCGACUCAAGAAGCCGGAGAAGCUCAGCAAGGAGUUGAAGUCAUUCUUGAGCGUCUGUCUGUGUGUGGAUGUGCGCAGUCGAGCCACUGCUGAAGAGUUAUUGGCGCACGAAUUCUUGAAAAUGGGCUGCAGUCGAGCCAGUCUCGCUGAGCUUUUGCGUUGGAAGAAGAAUGGAGGACAGUAA